AUGGGACAAGACUGUAACUACCAAUUGGAUACCACUAAAUUGGAAAAGAAAUACGUCACCUUGGGGGAUUACUUCCACGUGCAACUGUCAGACGACAAGCAGGUGAGGCACUUCCUGGAGCUGAGCUAUGCUGUUGCCAUCCUUCGGGACAGCUGGGUCCUGACAGACGUUGGCAUCACCCCUAGCAGUGCCAUCUGCUGCCUGCUGAAGCGGGAGCCGGUGGUGCGUGUGUUCAGUGCCGUGACGGGGGAGACCCUCUCAGUCUUGGGCACUGUGUUUCUCCUGAGUACGUCUGUGGCCAGGCUCAUGACCCUGGUGUCCCAGCAGUGUGGGCUUCCCGUCAGCUCCUUCAGACUGAGCUCUCCCACCGGCCUGCAACUCUACGACUGCAACCGGCUGCACGACUACGCCAUUGACCUGGGGGCUACUCUACGGUUGGACACCUGGGAUGGGUGGGCGGAGUUCCUCAGAGGCUGCUUCCUGGGACACAGACUGACCGUCCAACGACACCUGUCUAGGGAGAGACCUGUGAUGAGUGAACAAGAUGAGACUUUGGAACGGAUGAUGCCUGAAACAAUGCGGACGACUUAGAAUUUCGUUCCUUUGGAUGAUGCUUAUAGAUAUAGUCAGUACUGUGUUUGAUUUGUGUGCAGAAAGUUUACAACGGCAGGCAGUGGAUUCUCAGUCAUUCCUAUUCUCAAGUAACAAAAAACGUAUCAUAUUUCACUGGCUAUUUGUAGUAGCCAAAUGUGAAUGGAAUUAUUAUUCUAGAAUCAUUCAGUUGACUAUGUGGUUGUGCUGUAUGUGGUUGUACUGUACGUGAUUGUAAGUGUUUGACAUGGGUCUAAUUGAGGCUCCACCCCCCCACUUAACACUUGUUUUUAUCCAUAGAAAUCCUCACUUGCUGAUGAAGACCUGUAGUGGUUGAAAUCAAUGUAAAAUACAGUAUGAACACUGCUGCCUUAAAACUCUUUUAUUAAGAUGUGGAUCAUUAUUGCUCAUUUAAAUGAGUCUGUGCAGUGUCAAAAUGAUACAUACUGUAUUUCAGAGUAUUUGACAAACUCUUUAUUUACGUUACAAAACUGACAACGACUGUAACGAUGUGUUGGCACAGCAUGUGUCAUCAUUCCCCUGCAGUGUGUGGAUUUACACAGCAACAUAGCAGACAGCUUAAAUAGUUUAUUUUUAUUUAACCUUUUUUUCACUAGACAAGUCAGUUAAGAACAAAUUCUUAUUUACAAUGAUGGCCAAACCCGGACGACGCUGGGCCAAUUAUGCGGCACCCUAUGGGACUCCCAAUCACUUGGGAGUGGGAAGGAUACCAAAUCCAAUAUCACACACUUCUUCCUUAGUAUUCUGAGAACUGUCAGAUAGCUGUGAGAGCUAUGAGUGGAUCGUGGACCCAUGCAUAAAUGAUAACUUUGCUGUAACUCAGUGGGGCAAGUAGAACGUCCGGGUUAGUGUAUGUGCAUUAUCUUGUCAGUUGAUUGUCUUUGUCUCAAAGCCUUUCCAUUUCUGGGGGAUUGAAGAAGCUUCUGAUCUCAACCUUCUUGACAGGUACGAAACGCUUGGUUAGUGUAUGUGUCUUAUCCAAUGGGUUGUCAGGUGAACGUUGAAGAUGCUUCUUGCAGGUGAACUAAUGAUGUCAUUGAAUCGCUGUCAUUGAGUUGCUCACUGGACAAGACAAUUAUUCACUGAAAAUGAAA